AUGGAGCCGAAUCCCGUGAACAAACUGCAAGCCCCAAACUUGAAUUUCUUACAGGAACUGGCAAAGCUGCCGGUCGAUUGGACAACAGCGCCAGCUGGUACCGACGUCGAGGCUAUGCGCAAGUGGAUCGACAAUGUUCUCUUGAAAGGACCUCUUGCCGAACAUAGAGCCAAAUGCAAAUUCCAACGCCGACGGCCUGAAGCCAAGGUCGACAUAUCCGAUGUAUCCGUGCAGUGCUCAGAUGGAAGCCAGAACAAAUUCAUAAUACGUGUAUACGAGCCCGAGCUCGGAGACAAUGCCCCCAAGCAGAAGCUCAGACCUGCUAUAUUCAUGCUCCACGGUGGUGGCUGGAUCCAUGGGAACCCCUGUGGCGACGAUCUCAUUGCGACAUUCUUUGCGUCUGAGCUCGACGCUGUCAUUCUCGGCGUUGAUUAUAGGCUUGCCCCCGAGCACCCAUUUCCAGCCGCUUUAGAUGACUGUUGUGAAGCCAUCGCAUGGGCAAUCCGAAACGCCGACCAAUACCACAUCGACACCUCGCGCAUGGGUAUAUGGGGUGCUUCGGCAGGUGGAAAUCUUGCGGCGGCUGUCAGCAUCAAACAUACCCAGGAGCGUUCCGUGACGGGAUAUCCAAGUCUGCGGUUGGCGAGCCUUGUGGUUCCUGUGACUGGACACCUGAAGGUGCUGGAAACAUUCAACAAGCAACGCCCCUGUGGAAAAAGCCACAACGAGCAAGCAGUUGCGGACGUACCGUUGGCCCCGGAGCUGGUGGUCAAGGAAUUCGAGAAAGUAUAUGAACUUUAUCUCGGCAACGCCACCGACAUAUACAAUCCUCUUGCAUCUCCUCUGAUGGUCAAAGACAUCUCACAACACCCCCCAACACACGUUACAGUUGCAGCCUGCGAUUUUUUGAUGCCUCAAGGCCUCGCGUAUGCACAGCUGCUUCGCUCAUUUGGCACAAGCGUCACUGAAGAGAUUCUCCCUGGUGUACCUCAUGGCUUCACCUUUCCACUGAAUGCUGAUGUGACAAGGAAGUGGAUUGAAGAUCAGAGGGACGUGUUCAUGACAGCUUUUGCCUGA